AUGUCUUCCUCAUCGUUCCCAACUGCCUAUGAGCCGGAAGCGGCCAUCGUCCGCGAUCUCCGGGACUACAUAUUUCGGUCAUACCAGAGAGCUAGGGCCUUCAACUUUGCCAUUGCCUCUGCCCGUGCCAAAGAGAACGGCGGCCAGGAAGAUAUGAACCUGGAAGGGAUCUAUGACCUGAACGACUACCUGCGGUUCUGUGACAAGCUGCUCAAAUGGGCGCCGGACGUCUCUAGCCCAGGAGAUGCGCUACUUCGAAAGAUCCUCAUCUUCUACUGGGUAUUCGAACAGCCAUCUGUGCGAAACCUCCAGACGCCUGUGCUGCCUGAGACUUCGAACACGGACCUGUCCUGGAUUUCCUACUGGCUCGUGGGUUUUGCUCGAGAAAUUGGACACUGGAUGGAUACGCCAGAAUCCGCAGCCCAUGUCGAGUCCUUUUACAACAACCCUAUCUAUAAUAAGGACAUCGAGCUCUACAAGAAACCUCCCGGCGGCAAAUGGGGUUCAUUCAAUGAGUUCUUUUCCCGUAAGUGGGCGGACAUCAACGUUGCCCGUCCGAUAGCUGGGGCAGAUAACGACUCGGUCAUCGUCCACGGCGCCGAUUCUAUGUUUGGUGGCUCCUGGAACAUCGAGGAUGGAUUCGUCAACAUCGAGAACCAAGCCAUUACAGCGAAGGGGAUCAAGUGGCCCGUUAGCGAGCUGCUUCAGCGCCUAGGCCCGGAUUUCGAUAAUGGCAGCCUGAUGCACGCGUUCUUGUCGCCCCAUGAUUAUCACCGCCAGCAUGCUCCUGUGAGCGGUAAGGUCAUCGAGGUGAAGAACAUCCAGGAUCAGGUGUACCUCCAAGUUACCAAGAAACGAGACGGCACCCGUCUGGCGGCUGACCGGGGCCUUACUCGUGAGGCGACCGAGAUAUCACGAAGGGACCAUAAGAAGAAGGUCGAGCUUCGAUCGCUGGACGCCCCAGACGACGCAGGCUACCAGUGGUGCCAGACCCGAGGCCUGAUCAUCAUCGACACUGUCGUCCAUGGCAAGGUUGCUGUCCUGCCAAUCGGCAUGGCCCAGGUCUCGUCCGUGGUGAUGAGCGUGCAGAAAGGAGACUGUGUGCAGAAGGGUGAUGAAAUAUCGUACUUCUUGUUUGGGGGUUCGGACAUCGUCAUCGUCUUCCAGAACAGAGUCAAGUUCCGUGAUGAUCUCGAGGUAAACAAGACGAAGAUCAACGUGAGGGAAAAGCUGGCUACCUUUUAG